AUGUAUGAAGUAGAUAAUUACCUAUUCGAGACUCCUAGUGUAGAGAAGAUCCCAAAUAAGUAUGAUGACCGAAUCAUAGAAAUGAACGAUUUUUACAAGAAAAUAGCAGAGGCCGAACUGCGAGAAAAUGAUAAUGUUCGAAUACAAAGUCUUCAGCAAAUGCGUGAAUGGAUCGCCAAACAUCCGUACAUCAAAAAGUGUCGAACGGAUGCACAGUUUCUACUAAGGUUUCUCCGUAGUCGGAAGUACUCCAUUAGCAGUGCAACAGAAACCCUAGAACGACACUUGGCCAGUCGGGUACUGCAGCCUCUUUGGUUUUGCCGACUGGACAUCGAAGAUUCAGAUAUCGGUGCCUUAUUCGAAACCGGAUAUUUAUUUCCGAUGCUGGAGCGUGACAGUAAAGGUCGGACUCUCAUAAUCAAUGACACCGCUCAGUUGGACCCGACAAGCUUUACGGCAGCCCAUAUUAUCCGACUACAUCUGUUGAUCUACGAAGCAUUAUUUAAUAUCCCAGAGGUGCAAUGCGCUGGUCUGGUUCUGGUUUACGACCUAUCUGGUUUGACACUGGCCCAGCUGAGUUUAGUAACGUUGAAGGAAAUCAAACUUCUAGCACAAUACCUAAGCAAAGGCAUCGGAGCUCGUCUUCAGGAAUUACACUUCGUCAAUACCCCAGGGCCUGCGCUCACCAUAGCAAACUUUUCCUUGCAGAUGCUCAGUGAAAAGAUGAGGGAACGUGUAUUUUGCCAUCGGAAUUGGGAUGCUCUUUACAGUAAAGUUGACAAAAACCUGCUGCCGAUGGAAUUCGGGGGGAAGAUCCCUAAAGCGGACUGUAUUUCCGCCUGUAAACUGCACCUACAGAAGAUACGCAAUCGUUUGCUCAACGACGACAAUAUGGACAUUGAAAUUACCAAAGAGUCUCAGUGUUGGCAGGAAACGAAUGUGGCCGAAUUUGAAGGCGGUGUCAUCGGAAGUUUCCGACAGCUGAACGUGGAUUAAUUCAAUUUUAUAUGAAAACAAAUAAAACUUGUUGU